CACAGACCACUCAUAACUUUUGGUUUCAAGGUAUAACAAACCUAAACCUCGUCGGCGUUUUGCUCGUACUUAAAAAGCUUUUGCGGAAGCGCGUUCCCAAACACGAUAUUGGGAGAUUUGCGGCUUUGGCAUCUGAAUCAUGAGUGCCGCAGCGGCAGCAACAACAUCUAGUUGCAAUUUGUACUCAAAGAGUAAACUAUCCUCGAAUCUCCGAGGUUCUAUUUCUUUCCCAAAAAUCAGUCGUUUUCUGUCCUUCAAUAACGUUCGUCCAUGCCGCUCUUCUUGGUUGCUGCUAGCUCCCAGGGCUGCUGGCAAGAACGAAAAUGCCCAAAAUGACGGUGAUAAUGAAAAACGUGAGGUACAAAAGCAGCGUGUGCUACAGCAACCAUCUGUGUCGCUUAGCCUGGACGACGUGAACCCGGUGGGACUGGGUCGAAGAUCGCGGCAGUUAUUCGAUGAGGUUUGGCGUAAGUUCUCGGGAUUGGGUCAGAUAUCUAGGACCAUCCGCACCGAUGAUAAGGAGGCCCUUGAUGCCCUUCUCGUCCGGGAAGGUCCCAUGUGCGAGUUUGCCAUCCCUGGCGCUCAGAAUAUUACUGUGCUGGUUGUUGGUGCCACCAGCCGCAUCGGUCGCAUCGUUGUUCGUAAGCUCAUGCUCAGGGGUUACGCAGUAAAGGCUUUGAUAAGGAGGGCAGAUCAGGAGGUGGUAGACCUGCUUCCAAGGUCAGUAGAGAUAGUGAUUGGGGAUGUUGGUGAUCCCAGCACUGUAAAGGCUGCUGUAGAAGGCUGCAACAAAAUAAUAUAUUGUGCCACUGCCCGCUCUGCUAUCACUGGUGAUCUCUUCAGGGUUGAUCAUCGAGGAGUUUAUAAUCUAUCUAAAGCCUUUCAGGAUCACAAUAAUAAAUUGGCGCAAUUGCGGGCUGGGAAAAGCAGUAAAAGUAAGCUCUUGAUUGCCAAAUUCAAAUCUGCUUCUUCAUUGGAUGGAUGGGAAGUUCGUCAAGGAACUUACUUCCAAGAUGUAGUUACCACAAAAUAUGAUGGCGGGAUGGAUGCUAAAUUUGAGUUCACCGAGAAUGGAGAGGCUGUUUUCUCAGGGUAUGUCUUCAAUAGAGGAGGCUACGUGGAACUAUCAAAAAAGCUUUCUCUACCUUUAGGUUGUACUCUUGACAGGUAUGAGGGUCUGGUUCUCUCUGUUGGUGGCAAUGGAAGAUCUUAUGUAUUAAUUCUAGAAGCUGGUCCUGUGGUGGAUCCAAGUCAGAGUAGAUUGUAUUUUGCUAGAAUUAGUACAAAAGUGGGAUUUUGCCGCGUUAGAGUACCAUUUUCAUCAUUCCGCCCGGUGAAACCAGAUGAUCCAAUUUUAGACCCUUUUCUUGUACAUACAUUGACAAUACGCUUUGAGCCUAGAAGACAGAGGCCUGUCGAAGUAAAUGCGACAAUGAAGCAGGAUUUGAGAAGCUUUAAGCUUAUAUUGGAAUAUAUAAAAGCCUUGCCUACUGGGCAAGAAACCGAUUUUGUCUUAGUUUCAUGUUCAGGAUUAGGAAUUGAGCCUUCCAGACGAGAGCAAGUUCUUAAAGCCAAGAGGGCAGGUGAAGAUUCCUUAAGGAGAUCUGGCCUUGGAUACACAGUAGUUCGUCCUGGUCCCUUGGAGGAAGAACCUGGUGGGCAGCGUGCUCUAAUAUUUGAUCAAGGAAACAGAAUAUCUCAGGGCAUCAGCUGCGCUGAUGUGGCUGAUAUAUGUGUGAAGGCACUACAUGAUACAACUGCAAGAAACAAAAGCUUUGAUGUAUGUUACGAGUAUGUUGCUGAGGAUGGGAGGGAGCUUUAUGAGCUGGUUGCACACUUGCCUGACAAAGCAAAUAACUACUUGACACCUGCCCUUUCUGUCUUGGAGAAGAAUACUUGAUAGUCCCCUGUGGAGACAACAUACUUCCCAAAAUUUUAAUUAUAAAAUCGCUUCGUACUUUGUUCUACUUCUUCAUGACUGCCUCAGGUGGAAUGUAACUACUUUUCCUGUAUAUAUAUUCAUAUGCAACCCAAAUGUACGACUUGGGAAAUUAAAAAUUUAUAAAUUCCUCCUUUGAAAAUUGAAACAAUAAAAUAUAUGGCAUUGAAUGUACAAUUUGUCUCCUAGUGUUUGA